UCUAAUCUAGAAGUUUCCCACCUCUUUAGUAUAUAAAUUAAAAAAAAUUAAAAAUAGUUCCAGUCAAAUAUUCUGUAAAGCCGUGCGUUACUUAAAAUAUAAUGUCUAGCGAAAUUUCAGUUCCACCGCCAGUAUUAUGGGCACAACGAAAGGAAGAUGUUUUUCUUACAUUUAGUGUGGAAACUAAAGAUCCGACGAUCAAAAUAGAAAAGGAUUCAGUGUAUUUUAGAGGUGAAGGUGCGCCGGAUAAUAGACUACAUGAGGUAACGAUAGCACUGUACGACACUGUUCUUCCGGAAAAGAGUGUUUUUGUAAAUAAGGGCAGAUGUGUGGAGAUGAUAUUACGGAAAGAAAAAACAGAUGGUCCAUUCUGGCCGACGCUAACAAAAGACAAGAAAAAGCCGCAUUACCUGAAAAUUGAUUUCAACAAAUGGAAUGAUGAGGAUGAUGAAGUUGAAGAAAAUAAUUCAUAUGAUUUCGAGCAAAUGCUCCAGAACUUUGGUGGAGCUGGUGGUCCUGGGCAGAAGGCAGAAAAACCUUCGUUUGAUGACUUGGAAACUGACUCUGAUGAUGAGAAUUUACCUGAUCUGGAAUAAAAUGACAUUAAAAAAGUACAGUAAUGUUACUUUUAAGGUUUUUCUAGUUUUAAUAAAAUGCCUGUAAACGCUG